GGGAUUGCCCAACCAUCAGUGCACUUGUCUGCCCUCCCUCUGUUUGUCCCAGGCCAUGGCGAAGCUGCUAGGGCUCACCCUCAUGGGACUGGCAUUGGCAUUCUACAGGAACCACCAGUCUUCCUACCAGAAGAGACUGAAUGCUUUCCGUGAAGUGACACCAGUGGAACUUCCCAGUUGUCAUUUAGUUAAAGGCAUUGAAGCAGGCGCUGAAGACCUAGAGAUACUGCCAAAUGGACUGGCUUUCCUCAGCUCUGGAUUAAAAUAUCCUGGAAUAAAGAGUUUUGAACCUGAUCAGCCUGGAAAAAUACUUUUGAUGGACCUGAAUGAGGAGGACCCAGCAGUAUUGGAGUUGGAAAUUACAGAAAAUAAAUUGGAUCUACCUUCAUUUAACCCUCAUGGGAUCAGUACAUUCACAGAUGAAGAUAAUGUCGUGUAUCUACUGGUGGUAAACCAUCCAGCCUUCAAGUCCACUGUGGAGGUGUUUAAAUUUCAAGAAAAAGAAAAAUCGCUUUUGCAUCUGAAAACCAUCACACACAAGUUUCUGCCGAGUAUCAAUGAUAUUGUUGCUGUUGGACCUGAGAGCUUUUAUGCCACGAAUGAUCACUAUUUUGCUGACCCAUACUUGCGAUCCUGGGAGCUGUACUUGGGUCUAGCAUGGUCCAAUGUGGUUUACUACAGUCCAGAUAAAGUUCAGGUGGUGGCAGAAGGACUUGAUUUUGCUAAUGGCAUUGGCAUUUCCCUUGACGGCAAGUAUGUCUAUAUAGCUGAAUUGCUGGCUCACAAGAUUCACGUGUAUGAAAAGCACGCUAAUUGGACUUUAACCCUAUUGAAGUCACUCAACUUUGACACUCUUGUGGAUAACAUCUCUGUGGAUCCUGUGACAGGGGACCUCUGGGUUGGUUGCCACCCCAAUGGGAUGCGGAUCUUCUUCUAUGACCCCAAGAACCCACCUGCCUCAGAGGUGCUUCGAAUCCAGAAUAUUUUAACAGAUGAACCAAAAGUAACUGUGGUUUAUGCAGAAAAUGGCACAGUAUUGCAAGGUAGUACAGUUGCCUCUGUAUACAAAGGGAAGCUGCUGAUUGGCACUGUGUUCCACAGAGCUCUUUACUGUACUCUGUGACAAGCUGUCUGCACCCAUGUCAUGGAAUGCAUGAACACAUCAUUUAAAUCCCUUGACACAUUCUAAGGGGCCAUAGCAAUCUCAGCUGACCAAUGAAUGUUGACAUUAAACAUGAACAUAAAAUGG